AGGCAGAGCAAUCUAUUCCACGCCUUUGAUUGACACACCUCCUCACUGUACGAGUCUGAUUCAGUUUGUCCUGCUUCCCAUAAAACGCUGCACCUGCACUUUAUUUGGUUAAUGUGAACGUUGCUCUGCGGACGGCGUCGCCUCUGGUCACGACCUUCGCCCUCUGACGGCGGCAUGGCUUUUUCGCUGCUGAAGAGUCGGAUCUUGUGGAGGACCCUCUACCUCAGCCUGCUGGCUACAGUUAUUUACUUUGUGGUCUGGGAAGUUGGCGUUAAAAAACAGCCCAGGGUCAGGACGCUGCAGCGCUUCUCCACUGACCUGCCGGCCUGCUUGGCCAUCCUGAAGCAAGACAUAGAGGGGAAGAAAAGUGAAAUUGAGGAGCUGCUGACGUCCAAGAGGAGGCGGGUUGUUUUAAAUGAGGACUUCUACUUAAACGAGACAAGGGACUGUCAAAACUAUAUUGAGAAGCGAGGCUUCAUUACGGAGCCUCUCAGUGAGGAGGAGGAGGAUUUCCCCAUCGCCUACUCCAUGGUGAUCCAUGAGAAGAUUGAGAUGUUUGAGCGACUGCUGCGAGCGGUUUACGCUCCUCAGAACAUCUACUGUGUGCACGUGGACCAAAAGUCCACCAAAGAGUUCCAGAAGGCUGUGAAUUCCAUCGUGGCGUGCUUUCCCAAUGUGUUUGUGGCCACUGAGUUAGAAAGCGUGGUUUACGCCUCAUGGUCCCGCGUGCAGGCAGAUCUGAACUGCAUGAAGGAUCUCCUCAAGUCACAAAUCCAGUGGAGAUACCUGCUGAACACCUGCGGGACUGACUUCCCCAUCAAAACCAACGGUGAGAUGGUGAAGACUCUCAAGGCUCUGAAUGGCAGGAACAGCCUGGAGACUGAGGUCACCAGUGAACACAAGAAAGGCCGCUGGAUGAAUCACUACAAUGUGACCAACUCUGUCGUCUGGACAGACGUGAAGAAGAGCCCACCGCCCAUCAGCACGCCCAUGUUCUCAGGUAACGCUUACUUUGUGGUCACAAGGGCCUUUGUGAGACACGUGGUGCACGACGAAGAGAUUCAGAAAUUCCUGGAGUGGGAGAAGGACACGAACAGCCCUGAUGAGCACCUGUGGGCCACUCUACAGAGGAUGGUCUCUGUUCCUGGGUCAGUGCCUGCUAACGGCAAGUACGACAUGUCUGACAUGCAGGCCGUCGCUCGAGUGGUGAAGUGGAGCUAUUUAGCGGGAGAUGUAACAAAGGGAGCCCCGUACUCCCCCUGCACUGGUUCUUACAGAAGGGCUGUGUGUGUGUAUGGAUCAGGUGACCUCCCCUGGCUCCUGGACCAGCACCACCUCUUCGCCAAUAAGUUUGAUCCUGAGGUGGAUGACGUCGCUAUAAAAUGUUUGGAGGCAGUUUUGCAUUUUAAAGCUUUAGGCCAGAUCAGUAUUCCACCACCUUAUAAUGCUUACAGACGUUUCACACAAUAAAUUAUAUAUGUAUAUUCUAUCCAAAUACAACUUACAAAUAGUACAUAUUUUAAACUGCAUUUUAAUAUUGUAUGAAGGAACUUUAACAUUAUGUUUUUAUUCCUUACAUGUUGGGGAAAAAAAAUAUUUGUGGUGCCAUCUAGUGGACUCAAUGAAGCUCAAAAUUCCUUUUAAAAUAACUUUUCAAAAAUGUAUUUCUUUAUAUUUAAAAUUAAGACAAAGAAAUA